CCCCUCUCCCGGCUGGGAGCUGCAGCGAGCGGAGGCGCGACGGAGAGUACGAGCUGGGCGGAGAGCCGGGAGUGGACCGCCGAGCGGGGCACUGGGGAGAGCGAGGCCGAACGGAGCCGCCAGAGGACCGAUGCGCCGGGUGGGGCGCUGACCCCGGAGGGCGUGAGCGGCUCGUAGAUUGAGCAACUUGGGGACCGGCGGGCGGAGCGCGGGAGAGCCCGGCGCCCAGGACAGUCGUGCGGCGGCGGGUGAACGGGCGCGCCCUCGCCCCUCCCGGGUCUGCUACCCGCCGGGCUGGCAGCGCGGAGGUUGGGUUUUGGAGGUGUCCUUGCUGAAGUGACAAAUUCUCCCAAGUGCCUUUGAGGAAAGCUCUCUGGACCUCCUUAGGGGCUGAUAGAGAAGUGGACUCCCCAGCGGAAAUCAUGGUGGAAUUGGGACACGGCCCAGGCCUGGGCCUCCUGCUGCUGACCCAGCCCCGGAGGCGUUAGCAAGAGCCCUGCGCCAUCCAUCACCCCAAAGACCACCCCUCCUGCCAGGGGCCUGGAGCUGGGAGGGACUAUGCGGCUUGGGCUGUGUGUGGUGGCCCUCGUUCUCAGCUGGAUGCAUCUCACUGCUGGCAGCCGGGGGACCAAGGGGAAGAGACAGAGGCGGAUCAGUGCCGAGGGGAGCCAGGCCUGCGCCAAAGGCUGUGAGCUCUGCUCUGAGGUCAACGGCUGCCUCAAGUGCUCACCCAAGCUGUUCAUCCUGCUGGAGAGGAACGACAUCCGCCAGGUGGGCGUCUGCUUGCCGUCCUGCCCGCCUGGAUACUUCGAUGCCCGCAACCCCGACAUGAACAAGUGCAUCAAAUGCAAGAUUGAGCACUGCGAGGCCUGUUUCAGCCACAACUUCUGCACCAAGUGUAAGGAGAGCCUGUACCUGCACAAGGGCCGCUGCUACCCGGCCUGCCCCGAGGGCUCCGCAGCUGCCAACGGCACCAUGGAGUGCAGCAGUCCUGCACAAUGUGAAAUGAGCGAGUGGUCCCCGUGGGGGCCGUGCGCCAAGAGGAAGAAGCUCUGUGGUUUCCGGAGGGGCUCUGAGGAGCGGACGCGAAGGGUGCUCCAUGCGCCUGGGGGCGACCAUGCCAUCUGCUCCGACACCAAAGAGACCCGGAGGUGCACAGUGCGGAGGACGCCCUGUCCUGAGGGGCAGAAGAGGAGGAAGGGAGGCCAGGGCCGGAGGGAAAAGGCCAACAGGAACCCGAGCAGGAAGGAGAGCAAGGAGGCAGGCACCGGCUCUCGGAGACGCAAGGGCCAGCAGCAGCAGCAGCAGCAGCAGCAGCAGCAGCAGCAGCAAGGGACAGUUGGGCCACUCACAUCUGCAGGGCCCACCUAGUGACCCUCCUCAGCCUCGAGGCCCGUGCAGAAAGAGGGACGGAAGCUUUACUGAACUGGAGCCCUGGAGGGCAACAUGGACACACACUCUGCACAUGUACAUGGACACACACACACACAGCGACCCCCAUGUCCAAACAUGGAAUCAACAAACAUGCAAACGUGUGUGUGCACACAUGCAUACACACACACACACACACACACACACACACACUCGAGGCGACCGGAAGACACUUCUAUGCCUUGGACAUCAUGAAAUGAACAGGGCAGGGAGGUGGACGGGUCAUCUCUGCCAGGAAGAGGCCCCGGCAACACACACUUGGUUUACGAUGCUCCCUGUGGACACGGUGGAGAGAACAUUUCCUGGCGUCCAGGCACAGCCUUUGCCGAGGGGAGCCUUCGGGAGGAGCCGGAGCACAGCCCCGUGUGGCAGACAGGAGCCAAAGCGUGAGGACUGUUCUGCAUUUCCAGCGGUGUGACCUGAUCAUUGUUACCCAUCCACGAUCCACAUCAGGGCUGCCCGGACUCUGAAAACUGCUUCAAGGUUUAUUUCCAAUUAAAAACAAAAGCUAAAUGACCACAGUGGCCCCAGGCACCACAUUCUUUUUCGGGGUACAGGUUUUGGUGGGGCAUGUAUGGGAGCAGGAAGAGUCAGGGCUGAAUUUUAAGAGACCCCUGCUGGCCCCCUGGACAGAGCAGGAAGAAAACUUUGGGGAUGCUCACGGCGGAGCCAGCUUUUCUAUCCUUGUUCCCAGAGUGUGGUCUGGAGACCAGCAUUGACGGCAUCACUGGGCAGCUUGUUAGAGAUGAGAAUCUCGGGUCCCGUCCCAGACCCAAUGAGCCAGUGUGUGCAUUUUAACGAGGCUCCAGGUGACUGGCGUGCACAGUCAAGUUUGAGAAACUCUAAUUACCUGUAAGGAUGCAGGACGCUGGUCAGCCAUAGAGGAGGACUUUCUGUCUGGGAGAGGUGCCAGCUCUAUUCCGAGGGGCCAUAGUGGAACUCCUAGGCCAGGGGUGCUCAGGCUCUCUGAGACGGCUGGGGACCGUGGACCCAGAGGAAGAACAGCGGGUAGAAGACAUCUUGUGGUAUUUGGAAGUGUCCACUGGUGGCCACUCAUGCACCAGGCUCUGGACUAAGUGCUUGCUUUCAGGAGGGGAACCAGACAUGGCCCUUGCUCUUAUGGAGCUCAGAGGUUGGUGGGGUUGACAGAGGUGAACCUAGUAAUUAUUCAAAUAAAUGUAUCAUUACAAUGGGGCGGAGUUAAGGGGAGGCAACCACGGGCACAUACACAUAGCUAUGAAAGUGAAUAAAUAUAGAAGAUUUGAUCUCAGGGGAGCUUUUCAGAGGAGGUGAUAUUUGAGCCAAGCUCAGGACAAGUAGAAGGCAUUAAGACGAAGAGAAGACACGGCAUUCUAGAC